AUGGAAUGUAUCAAAGCAUACAAGCAUAUACACUGUGGUUGCUUUCAACUUCCAUAUCUUUUUUCCUCUCCUUUCUUGCUUGUUUGCUUUACACUCUGCCAUGUUUCUCAAUCAAGCAGAAUUUCUUUUCUCUCCUCUUUCAUUUUUUCUAUGAUAUUCAACUCAUUGAUUUUUUUACAUAUUUUGUCUCACUUUUCCUCUUUCUCUCCUUUUUUCCUCUUGAAUUCAUUUUCUUCUUUUCUCCCCCUUUCGCCUCAUUCAUUUUCUUCUCUCUCCCCUCUCCCCUCAUAUUCCUUUAUUUCUCUCUUCCUUUUCCCCACUUUUAUUUAUUUUCUUCUCAUAUUCCUUUUCUUCUCUCUCCCCUUCCCCUUACAUUCCUUUUCUUUUCUCUCCCCUUUCCCUCACAUUCCUUUUCUUCUCUCUCCUCUUUCCCUCACAUUCCUUUUCUUCUCUCUCCCCUUUCCCUCACAUUCCUUUUCUUCUCUCUCCCCUUCCCAUCACAUUCCUUUUCUUCUCUCUCCCCUUCCCCUCAUAUUCCUUUUCUUCUCUCUCUCCUUCCCCUCAUAUUCCUUUUCUUCUCACUCCCCUUUCCCUCAUAUUAAUUUUCUUCUUUCUCUUUCCUUUUCCCUAAUAUUCCUUUUCUUCUCCCCUUUCUCUUUUCCCUCAUAUUCCUUUUUUCCUCCCUCCUUUUCCCUAAUAUUCUUUUUCUUCUUUCUCUCCCCUUUUCUAUCAUAUCUAUUUACUUCUUUCUCUCCCCCUUUUCCUCAUUCAUUUUCUUCUUUCUCUCACCUUUUCCCUCAUAUUCCUUUUCUUCUCUCUUUGCCCUUUUCCCUUAUAUUCAUUUUUUCCUCCCUCCUUUUCUCUAAUUGUCCUUUUCUUCUUUCUCUUCCCUUUUUUCUCAUAUCCCAUUCCUCCUUCCUAUACUCUUUUCUUUCUUUCUCUUAUUUCACUGUUAUUUUAUCUUCUUUUUCCCCCUAUCUUCUCCCUUCCAUCUUGCUUUCUCGUAAGUUUCCCUCAGAUAAAUUUAUAAUAGCAACACACAAUCCAGAUUAG